AUGUGCUGGUCUGUGGAGAUAACUGUUGCAGCAGCUUCUGCGGAAAGCAUCUUUUUCCUGGGCUUGUUGUGCCGCGGCCGGCUCUACGAUCGUCCAAACGCAUUACUGAUCUUGCCCCUGUUGAUCCAAGAGUGGCUGCAAGUGAUUCUAUGGCAACACCUGGGCAGUUCCGCCACGCAGUGUGACGCCACCAACCGCCAGGUGUCCAGCUGGGUGACAUACGUGGUGUGUGGGGUGCCACCCUGGAUCUCACUGCAACCCUUGAUGCUGGGAGACGUGCGCCCUGAGUACCGGCUGAUGGCAUGGAGCUUUCUAUGCAUGGCAUGUCUCUGUGGAUCUGCGGGUGUUUUGGUGGAACUGCUGGGGCAAAUGGGCUGGAGGACUAGUCAUUGUACUUACUUGGGACCAUGGAGACACCAGAUUUGGCCUGUGUUGAACAUGCAGUACGACCUCCUACCAGGUUGGCAGGGCGGUGUUUUUGGAAGAUUUCUAUCUGCUGGGAACCUACUUCUCUAUAUGGCUGCCAGCUUUGGGGGCUUCUUAACCUCGCGGCCUUCGUAUGUCUUGCCCUUGUUGGCCGCGGUCGGGCUCAAUGCUCAGCUGCUGAUCCUGUUCCUGGGCCCCGAGUGGGGCUCCUUCUGGUGUUUCCAGGCCUCACUGCUGAGCCUGGUGGCGUUUCUGGAGCCACAGCUCUUCAAGGCCCUGGGGGAGUUCAAUGCCUUCGCCCCACCCAGGGCUUCCAGCUCUCAACCUGUAGAAGCGGGCACCAAGCUGGGGGCCGCAGAGGAGGAGUUGGAUGUGCUGGUGGCAUAA